UUUCGCACAAAUUCAUUAGAAACUUAUCAGUUAGCUUCCACAUUUCAAACUGUAAAGCACCACAAGCAUUACCCAAAACAGCAGCAUCAUGUUCAAAUACAUCACAUUCGCCGCUCUCUUCGCCAUCGCCACCGCUGCUCCCGGUUUCAUCGCUCAACCCGUUGUGGCCAAAGUAGGUGCCGUUGUACACACCGUUCCAUCUGCCACCUCCCACCAGAGCAUCACCCAAGUGCACAAUAAUGCGCACAUUGUUACACCUGUUGUGAAAGCUGUGGCUCCAGUGGUUCAUGUUGCUCCGGUUGUGAAGACCUACUCCGCUCCUGUCGUUCCAGUAGUGAAGACGGUUGCUCCAGUAGUCCCUGUAGUUCAUGCUGCUCCCGUAGUUCCAGUUGUGAAGACCUACUCCGCCCCGGUGGUUCAUCAUGUUCCAGUUGUGAAGUCGGUUGUUGCUCCCGUGGUGCCAGUGGUUCAUGCAGCUCCAGUUGUAAAAUCAGUUGUCUCAAACCUUUGGGGUUAG